AUGUCAAAAAGCAGCAGCUCGCAGGUGAUAACAUGCAAAGCGGCAAUAUGCUGGGGAAUAGGGGAGCCAUUGAAGGUGGAAGAGAUACAAGUAGAGCCACCAAAAUCUUUUGAAAUUCGUGUUAAGAUGUUACUUGCUAGUUUAUGCCAUACCGAUAUCCUAUUUGCUAAAGGAUUCCCAACUGUUAGUACUACUUCUUGUCUCACCAGUUAUGAACUUUGUUUCACUAUUUUAAAGGAGCCUCUUUUUCCUCGAGUCCUCGGCCAUGAAGGUGUUGGAGAGGUGGAAAGCAUAGGAGAAGGCGUAAAAGAUCUUGAAGAAGGAGACCUUGUGAUUCCAACCUACCUUGGAGAGUGCCAAGAAUGUGAGAAUUGCAAAUCUGGGAAGACCAAUUUAUGCUUAAAGUACCCAUUAAUCCUCAGUGGGCUAAUGCCUGAUGGCACUUCAAGAAUGUCCAUUAAUGGACGAAAAGUGUAUCAACUUACUACAUGCUCAACAUGGUCUGAAUACACGGUGAUAAAUGCUAAUUAUGUCGUCAAGAUUAAUCCAAGUAUUGAUCUUUCUCAUGCAAGCUUCCUUUCAUGUGGAUUCUCCACUGGAUUUGGGUCCGCUUGGAGGGAAGCUAAUGUUGAGAGGGGAUCUAGUGUUGCUGUCAUUGGUCUAGGUGCUGUUGGAUUAGGGGCCAUAGAGGGAGCUAGAAAGCAAGGGGCGAGUAAAAUAAUUGGAAUAGACAAAAAUGAGAAGAAAAGAGAGAAAGGGGAAGCUUUUGGAAUGACUGAUUUCAUAAACCCAGAAGGAAAUUCCCAAAAACCUAUUUCAGAAUUGAUGAAAGACUUAACAGGUGGAAUGGGUGUGGAUUAUUGCUUUGAGUGCACCGGUGUUGCAUCCUUUGUCAAUGAAGCCCUCCUAGCAACAAAACCAGGAAAAGGAGAAACAAUAGUGGUUGGUGCAGGAACUGAUCCAACUGUGCCCGUCAACUUCUUACCUCUUGUGCUCGGCGGAACUUUGAAGGGUUCUGUCUUUGGAGGGCUCAAAAUUAAAUCUGAUCUUCCCAUUUUACUUGACAAAUGCAAAAAUAAGGAAUUCCCUCUUGAUGAGCUUUUCACUCAUGAAGUUACAUUGGAAGAUAUAAACAAAACUUUUGAACUACUGAAGCAACCAGAGUGUGUCAAGGUCGUUAUCAAGAUUUGA